GGGACACGUGCCGUUUCCAUCAAGUUCCGUGGCGCCGAUCCUCACCCCGAGGAGGUAGGCUGGUGGCAGUGGGCAACCCUGGCCUACUGGGAAUGGGGGAGGGAGUCUGACGACGCUGGCCAGGGCCAGCGGACGGGCGACACGCGCGGGCCCCGCGGGGGCUGCCAGGUACACCACGGGCGAGGUGGUGUCCUACUGGUCGUCCUCCCACGGAGCCUGGCUCCCGGCCCGGGUGGUCUCGCAGAGCUCGCCCGGCGUCUACGUCGUCGACAAGCAGCUGCGGGGCUGCCUGUCCAAGAUCCGCGCCGCCGACCUCCUCUCCGAGGCCGAGGUGCGGCGGGACCCGCGCCUGAGGGCCUUCGACCUCCUGGAGGCCGCCGAGGCCGGCCCCAGCGGCGCGCCGCCGCGGCUGCCGCAGGCGGCCACCCUGCCCCGGCCGCGCAGCGCCGCCAGCGCGGGCGCCAGCCCGCGGACCCCGGGCCGCGUCGUGCGCGACGACUUCAGCGACGACUCGGACUCCGAGGGCGGGG